UAUUGGCCGACUGGGAGAGUUCUGACGUUCUGAUUCUUCGACUCGACUCAACGACCAACCACCAAAAAUCGCCAAACCGACGUCAAGAUGGUUGCCGCAAAGAAGCAUGUCCCGAUCGUCAAGAAGCGCACGAAGCGCUUCAACAGACAUCAGAGUGAUCGAUUCAUGAGAGUCGACCCGUCAUGGAGAAAGCCAAAGGGUAUCGACAACCGUGUCCGCAGACGCUUUAGCGGCCAGGCUGUUAUGCCAUCUAUCGGUUUCGGAUCCAACAAGAAGACCCGCCACAUGAUGCCUUCCGGCCACAAGGCUUUCCUCGUCAGCAACGUCCGUGAUGUUGACCUCCUCCUCAUGCACAACAAGACCUUCGCCGCUGAGAUCUCCCACUCCGUUUCGUCGAGGAAGAGAGUCGAUAUUGUCGCACGCGCAAAGCAGCUCGGCGUCAAGGUUACCAACGCCAAGGCUCGGGUUACGACUGAGGUUUAAGUGGUUUCUUUUGGGCUCGCAUGGGACAGGGGUGCGUUGUUUUCAUGAGCGGCAGGCAGUGCAAAGACGUAGCUAUGCUCUACAAUCAAUGCAACUUGCUCAACAAAUGAAUUAUGCUCUGUUAAAAAGCUCCGUCUGAUCAGGGAUUGAACUGUCGGGCCUCUUCGGGGCACUAUUUGGCUGAUGCCUGGCCGCGUUCGUCGAAAUCGAUGUUCUGUGAAGUUGUGGAAUGUAGCGCCAUUCUACAAUUGCCUGGUUUUGGAAGUGAUUCAUCGGUUAUUGAUGCAAAUCGGACCCCGCCCUACGCGUGAUAAAGAAGG